CGCUGCAGCCGCAUUCCCUGAGCGCGGUGGGCUGCGGGCUGAGGUCGCGCAGGGGAGAGGCACGGAUUUCCACAGUGCUGUGUGGGAUCACGGGGAAUGUUAGUUACUCUUCAUCCUGGGCGAGAUUUUCGACUGUGGAAAGGACUUCUGUAUAAAUGCGUCGGUUUUAUUUUUUACGGACUGUCUGUGCUGCUUAUCAACUAUUUUUUUGGAACUUGUGUCAAGUUAGUUAGCUAGCUAGGUUUUCGGCUAUCAAGCUCGGCUGCUGUAGCUCCACAGUAGUGUCAUAAGCUAGCUUAGAAGUUACUUUGUGGGUUAGCAAAUUCUAGCUCGCAGUGUGUUUAGAUACGUGAAUGUUUUGCAAGUUAAUUUAUUAUACUAAAGUCGUGUCGCUUAAACCAGGGUUUUAAUAAAACAUUUCCAUUGUCUAGUGCCUAGGUAUCCAAGAGUUAACCUUACCUAGCGCAAUCAAUUCGCUAGCCACUUAGCUUUUUAGCAUUUGCUGCAGGCUUUGCUCACAUUCGCUUGUUUGUAUCUGAUGCAGCUGAAGUCUAACUGAUAAUCAGUUUUAUUUAUCUAUUCUUUUACAUCCAGCAUAUUAAAUAUGAACAGUUUGCUUUUUGCUUACGAACGCGCGCUGUUUUAUAAAGAAGUGUGAAGAGUGGAGCGACAUCACGUCUUGGCUAGGCAGAUUUUUGUCUAAUUUCUGUCUCUACUUAAUCCUGACUGCAGAAAAUGUAGCACACAAUAUUAGAUGAACGAAAUAAAUCUAACAAGCUAGAAACAAACAAACAAAACGGCUAGGUCUAGGUCUAGCUGUGGCAGUGUGAGCACACCAUGGUUCUCUGUUGUGUAUGAAUGGGAGCAUGAAGUGUUUUCUUCUGGAGCUUAGCUAGCUAGCUGUGUGUGUUUGUAGCCUCAGCACCGACGUGGCUAGCUUGACUCGGUUUUUAAUGUCAGUGUUUAUAUUUUUAACACAAUUCUGUCAGAUAGUGUAAAGGCCAGGGACGACCACAUUUUUGUUCCACCAUGUCGGGCGAAGUUCGUUUGAAAAAGCUGGAGAAAAUGUUCCUGGAUGGUCCUGUCAAGUCUAAUGGCCAGUGUUUCAGCGUCGAGGCUCUGCUGGACGUGCUCAUCUGCCUGUAUGAUGAAUGCAAUAAUUCCCCUCUCAGGAGAGAGAAGAACAUAGCCGAGUUCCUGGAGUGGGCUAAACCAUUCACAUCAAAAGUGAAGCAGAUGAGACUGCACAAGGAUGACUUUGAAAUCCUGAAAGUGAUUGGCCGAGGAGCAUUUGGGGAGGUAGCAGUUGUGAAGGUGAAAAACUCAGACAAGGUUUUUGCCAUGAAAAUCCUCAACAAGUGGGAGAUGCUGAAAAGAGCCGAGACCGCAUGCUUUCGGGAGGAGCGGGAUGUUCUGGUGAAUGGGGACAGCCAGUGGAUCACAACACUACACUACGCCUUUCAGGAUGAUAACUUUCUGUAUCUGGUGAUGGAUUACUAUGUGGGCGGAGAUCUCCUGACGCUGUUGAGUAAGUUUGAGGACCGCUUGCCUGAGGACAUGGCCCGAUUUUACCUGGCUGAGAUGGUGCUAGCUAUUGACUCUGUACAUCAGCUCCAUUAUGUCCACAGAGACAUCAAGCCAGACAACAUUCUGUUGGAUAUGAAUGGACAUAUUCGCCUGGCUGAUUUUGGCUCCUGCCUUAAACUCAUGGACGAUGGAACGACAACUCGGCAGGAUUUUCCCCUGUCCCUCGACAAGACGAGUGUGCAGUCCUCUGUGGCAGUUGGCACCCCAGAUUACAUCUCUCCUGAAAUCCUACAGGCCAUGGAGGAUGGCAAGGGCAAAUAUGGCCCUGAGUGUGACUGGUGGUCUCUGGGUGUCUGUAUGUAUGAAAUGCUGUAUGGGGAAACACCCUUCUAUGCUGAAUCUCUGGUGGAGACCUAUGGCAAGAUAAUGAACCACAAGGAACGGUUCCAGUUUCCUGCCAACAUCACAGAGGUGUCUGAGAAUGCCAAAGACCUGAUCCGCAGGCUCAUCUGCAGCAGGGAGCACCGGCUAGGCCAGAACGGCAUUCAGGACUUCAAGCAACAUCCUUUCUUUUCUGGCAUCGACUGGGACAACAUCCGAAAUUGUGACGCUCCAUACAUUCCUGAAGUCAGCAGCCCAUCAGACACUUCCAACUUUGAUGUGGAGGAUGACUGUCUCAAAAACACGGAGACAAUGCCCCCUCCCUCUAUAGCGGCCUUCUCUGGACAUCAUCUUCCAUUUGUAGGCUUUACUUUCACUAGUCAAUGCUCUCUUUCUGACUGCGGGAGCCUGCGGGAGUCUGCGGCGCCUGUGCAGAUGGACGUGUGUGUACAGCGCAGCUUGGAGGAGAGCCUAGCUACUGAGGCAUACGAGAGGAGGCUCCGCCGUCUGGAGCAAGAAAAAUUGGAGCUCAGUCGCAAACUGCAAGAGUCAACUAAGACUGUGCAAGCUUUGCAGCAUGCUGGAGAUACUCCUGUCUCUGCUAACAAGGACAAUGAGAUCCGAGGCCUGAAAGACGAGAUUGAGGCUCUAAAAAAGCAGAUAGCAGACUCUGGUCAGUUGGAGCAGAAGUUGGAACAGGCCAGUGCAACACGCAAAGAUCUGGAGGACUCCGCCAAACGCAUCUGCUGUUUGGAGAAACAGCUAAAAAUCAUGAAGCAAGAGAGAGAGGACAUGCAAAAGGAUCUGACUGACUCUGCGGAGAAGCUGAAGGCUCAGGGGAAGGAGCUGAAGGAAGCAGAGAGCCAGAGAAAGCUAGCGAUGCACGAGUUCUCAGAGAUGAGUGAGCGUUUGACGGAGCUCCGUUCUCACAAACAGCGUCUCACUCGUCAACUACGAGACAAAGAGGAGGAGAUGGAUGCACUGAACCAGAAGCUGGAGGCCCUUAAGCUGGAUUUGCGCAAAGUAGAAAGAACAAAAAAAGAGAUGGAAGCCCAGGCUGAGGAGCAUGCUUUGGGAGCCCAGAAAGAGAAGAAGCUGAGGGAUCGCAGUGAACAGUACAGCAGACAACUGGAGGAAGAACUGGCGGCAAUGAAGCAAAAGCAGGCUGGUCGCACCCCAGCUGCCGGAGCCCCUGAGCAGCACCAGGAGCUCACUAAGCUGCGCGCUGACCUGGAAAAGAAGACGGUGUUUUAUGAGGAGGAGCUGUCUCGCCGUGAUGUCCAACAUGCCAACGAGCUGAAGAGCUUGAAAAAGGAGCUCCGUGACGCUGAUGCACAACACCUCUCUUUAAACAAAGAAAUAAUGAUGUUAAAAGACAAGUUAGAGAAGACCCGCAGAGAAAGUCAGAGCGAACGAGAGGAGUUUGAGACGGACUACAAACAAAAGUACGAGAGGGAAAGAGUGCUGCUGAUGGAAGAAAACAAGAAAAUGUCCAGUGAAUUGGAUAACUUGAUGAUCUCAUAUAAGAAGUUGAACAGCAAUCACAAGCAGCUGGAGGAGGAAAUGAGGGAGCUGGCUGACAAGAAAGAAAGUGUUGCUCACUGGGAAGCUCAGAUCACAGAAAUCAUACAGUGGGUGAGUGAUGAGAAAGAUGCACGUGGCUACCUCCAGGCUCUAGCUUCAAAGAUGAAUGAGGAGCUGGAGGGCCUGAGAAACACCAGUCUUGGCGCUCGCUCUACGGAAAUGCCAUGGAAGAUGCGACGAUUGGCUAAGCUAGACAUGUCUGCCCGCCUGGAGCUGCAGUCUGCGCUGGACUCUGAGAUAAAAGCAAAACAAACCAUCCAAGAUGAGCUCAACAAAGUGAAGGCCACCAACAUGGCCACUGAGUGCAAACUCCAGGACUCUGAAAAGAGGAACCAGGAACUGCAGGCAGAGAUCGAGAGACUGAAACGAGAAACAGAAGAACUACGUUCAUCUAAGGGUGUAAAGCACCAGGAUUCACAGAACUCCUUCCUUGCAUUCCUCAAUGCCCCAACCUCUGCUGUGGAACAAUUUGAUCGAUCUCCUGCCUGUGGUCAAGCCAGCAAAGGCAGACAUAUCGACUCCAUUGACAACUUUAGCCUGUCAAACACGCCGUCCCGAGAUGAUGAUCGCAAGUCUCAAGCUGUAUCCCAUUCUCGUUCUCCAUCCACCACCAGUGACCUGGAGCCUCUAGAGCCGAUGGAUUAUCCCCACAGAGGUACACAGACUCCGACCAUGCGAUCAGGAGGAUACAGCAGCUCUGGCUUUACCACACCUAAGCCAAAAGCCCACCAGUUUGUGGUAAAGACCUUCACUGCUCCCACUAAAUGCAACCAGUGCACUUCUCUCAUGGUGGGACUCAUCCGACAAGGCUGUAUAUGUGAAGUUUGCAACUUCUCGUGUCAUGUAACAUGUGCGGACAAAGCCCCUGCAGUGUGUCCUAUUCCACCAGACCAAACGAAAGGUCCACUGGGUAUCGACACACAGAAAGGCAUUGGCACUGCUUAUGAGGGCCAUGUUAGGGUGCCUAAACCAGCAGGAGUGAAGAAAGGCUGGCAGAAGGCUCUUGCUGUUGUGUGUGACUUUAAGUUGUUCCUCUAUGAGCUUGCAGAGGGCAAGGUUGCACAACCCAGUGUAGUGGUUAGCCAGGUCAUCGACAUGAGGGAUGAGGAUUUUUCUGUCAGCUCAGUACUAGCAUCCGAUGUCAUCCAUGCCAGUAGGAAGGACAUUCCCUGUAUUUUCAGGGUUACAGCUUCUCAGCUCUCUGCAUGUGGCAGUAAAAAAUGCUCCAUCCUGAUCCUUGCUGACAGUGAUCAGGAGAAGAAUAAGUGGGUGGGAUUGCUGAAUGAGCUGCACCGUCUCCUAAAGAAGAACAAGUUAAAGGAGCGCUCUGUUUAUGUCCCUAAAGAAGCUUAUGACAGCACGCUGCCUCUUAUUAAAACCACCCAGUCUGCUACUAUUAUAGAUCAUGAAAGGAUAGCCCUGGGCAAUGAGGAGGGCCUGUAUGUUAUCCAUGUCACCAAAGAUGAGAUUGUCAAGGUAGGGGAUAAUAAAAAGGUCCAUUUGAUUGACCUGAUUCCCUCUGAGCAGCUGCUAGCUGUCAUCUCUGGCCGCAACCGCCACGUUCGACUUUUCUCCAUGGCGGCCCUGGACGAUCGGGACUCGGAAUUCUAUAAGCUUCCUGAGACUAAGGGCUGUCAGACGUUGGUGUCUGGCACGGUGAAGCAUGGUGCUCGCCCCUGCCUGUGCGUUGCCAUGAAGAGACAGGUCAUCUGCUACGAGCUCAACAAGGGUAAAACACGGUACCGCAAGCUGCGGGAGCUGCAGGUGCCUGGGGUGGUGCAGUGGAUGGCUCUACAAGGGGAUAAGCUGUGUGUAGGAUACCAGGCUGGAUUCCUACGCUACAGCUUGCAAGGAGACAGCCCUCCAACUAGCCUGCUCCACCCGGAGGACCACACCCUGGCUUUCAUAGGGCAGCUGGGUUUGGAUGCUCUCUGCUCUGUGGAAAUUUCCAGCAAAGAGUUACUCCUGUGCUUUAGCAGCAUUGGUGUUUAUGUUGACUGCCAGGGUAGACGUUCACGCCAGCAGGAGCUGAUGUGGCCAGCUGUGCCAUCUGCCUGUUGUUAUAAUGCACCUUACUUAUCAGUGUACAGUGAGAAUGCCGUGGAUGUGUUUGAUGUGAACAGUAUGGAGUGGAUUCAGACAAUUCCUCUGAAAAAGGUUCAUCCUCUCAACACUGACGGCUCACUGAACCUGCUAGGGCUGGAGACAGUACGGCUAAUCUACUUUAAAAAUAAAACAGCAGAGGGAGACGAGCUGGUGGUUCCAGAGACGUCUGAUAACAGCCGGAAGCAGAUGGUGCGCAGUAUGACGAGCAAACGUCGCUUUUCCUUCAGAGUGCCAGAAGAAGAGAGGCUUCAACAACGGAGAGAGAUGCUUAGAGAUCCUGAGAUGAGGAAUAAGUUGAUUUCAAAUCCAACCAACUUCAAUCAUGUUGUUCAUAUGGGUCCUGGAGAUGGGAUCCAAAUACUUAAAGACCUGCCAAUGAAUGUGCGUCCUCAGGAGAGCCGGGGAGUAUUGGGUGGCUCUGUCAGCAUCCCCUCUAUAAGCAAGGCCAGACCUGAACCGGGCCGCUCCAUGAGUGCCAGCAGCGGCCUUGGCACACGGUCAUCCUCGCAGAAUGGCAGUGCUCUUAGAAGGGAGUUCUCUGGUGGGAGUUAUGGCUCCAGCAAGCGGCAGACGAUGACCUCGCCCUCUGAGGGCUCGCUCUCGUCAGGGGGAGGCAUGGACUGUGCAGGUGAUGCCCCCCUGUCCCAGUUUGACAGAGAGUGGAAGGCAGUUUCUCCCACAGGCAAGACCCCUGAGGUGAAAUGGACUUUAAGGACCCUGUUUAGUAAGAUGAAGGAUUCGGAUUCACCAAGACAUUCUACAGCCUCCAACAGCUCCAACCUGAGCAGUCCACCAAGUCCAUCAUCCCCACAUAAAAGCAAGUCCCUCUCUCUGGAGCGCAGCGAGCAGCCAGGCUGGGAGUCAUGAGGCCAAUGCCAGGCAUUCAUUUUCUUCAUCCUCCUGUUCUGUCCCCCCCUCUAGAGCAUCAGGAUGCCUCAAACCUAUAUGGUAAAAAAAACAAAAAACAAACAAGCAGCAAUGACUCUCGAGGAACUUAUACACUACAUUUGGGGUGGUGUGUGAAAAGGCCCUAUAUUUGUUUGUGCAUGUGUGUGAAUGAGUUCACAAACACAUAAUUGCAAUACACACAGCCGCCUUCUAAACUACUAUAAAAGAUUUAUCUCCCAAUGACACUACUAUUUAAAACUUCACAUUUGAAGAAUAAUGUAAAUGGCUAGAAUUUCCCCAGUCUAAAACACUAGAUACAGUUCAGUCACCCUUUGCUUAAAAACAAGGUGAAUUCGGAGCAUGAUUAGAAAUCAUCAGUGAUUUUUAGUAACCAGUUAAUGCUUAGAAACAUAACAUGGAGACAAGAUCGUUCCCAGCCUCAGCACUACAUUUAAACCGACCUCGGCACUCGGGUGCCAUGCAGCUCUUGCGUAUGUAAAGCUCAGAAUACAGUAGAAAUAGAAUGAAUUAAAUAAUGUACAUAGAGUUUAAGUGUAGAGUAUAAUAUAUUAUGGAGAAAAAAAAAGCUAUUGUGAGAAGUGACUUGGCUUGGAGAGUGCUAAUUUCUUUUGACUUUGUGAGUCAAAGGUUUUUAAACAUUAAAACGCAGCCAUUUUUUAAUUGAACAAUUUUAAGAUUUAUUUGAUCAGAAUAUCUGCAAAAUGUCCAUAGUUCCACUGAAACCUGCUUGGAUUUUAUUAGGGAGAUAUAUUUAAAAUAUUACGUCCAAAUGUAAUAGCAAACACCAGGCACAUGCAUGCACACUCAGAUAGCUGUGUAGGAUUACACUCGAGAUCAUAAAAGCAUCGAAACACGAUCCCUCAGUUACAUACUCUCUUGUGGUGAAUGUAUAAGAAACGUAUCGCAGCCGCCUACUUCCUCUCCUCGCCUACUCUAGUGUGCUUCAUAGUUCCUUUAAUGGAGCAAUAAUGCUGUUUCCAAAGAAUUUUUUGUUAAUUAUUAUUAUUACUGUUUGUCUAGUUUUAUGUUUGGUUUGUUUUAAUGAGUGUUUUUAUGACUCGUGUAACUCAAACCAUGAAACCAAACAUAGCUUGGGUGCAUAUGUAUGUGUUUAUAUAUAUAUAUAUGUGUGUGUGUAUAUGUGUGUAUAUGUAUGUAUGUGUAUGUAUGUGUAUAUAUAUAUAUAUAUAGAUAUAUAUAUAUAUAUAUAGAUAGAUAUAUAGAUAUAUAUAUAGAUAUAUAUAUAGAUAUAUAUAUAGAGUAUAAUCUGUAUGUUAUCACGGGUUUGAUGACACUAAGGUCACUGUUGUGUGACACUCACAAAACAUAAUCCAGUUAAGCUUUCGAGUGCUUCUCCUAGUUAGGGGAGCAUUCAAGGGCUUGAACUUUACUCACUGGUGCAUUUUAUCUGUUGCCUCUAUUUUGUUACUUUCUGUAGCCAGUAAUAAGACAGCCGGGACCGGGCACGAGGAACGGGGGUUAGUUUUAUUCUUUGAUGGCAAGGUGUGAAAUGAACUAUUCAUUAACGAUCAGUUCAGGAACAAUGCAUAGUUAGACCAUCACGCACCCCCCCGGAUCUUUUUACCUCAAAUUUUUACGAGGCAAGCCAUUAAUUAUAAUUCACUUUCAAGCAGAACAAGCUUUCUGUGCUCUAUAUCUCUCAUUCCAUGCAGGUUUUUUUUUUUUUUUUUUUUUUUUUUGGAUUUAUAUGCAUCUUGUUUUUCCUCAGAAGAAGACCUAACCCAUGCAAUCAAGUUAAAGAAAGCUUUUGGCUAAUUUUUUUUGCAGAUGAUGAAGAUGUUUGUCGGGUCCAUUAAUUCAUGCUAUCGGAGCGAUCCAUGUUACCCAAAUUCCAGAUCUCAAGAUUUGUUUACAAGGGCGCAAGAAAUGAGUUUUCAAUGUAAAAGCACACCUUUGCGUAUGAAGAUAAGAAACGGAUGUGUAUUUACAUAAAAUGUAAAUAUGGACUUAAAAAAAAAAAAAAAAGUCUCUCUUCUCGUCAGCGUAUCGUCACGGCUCUGUGACACGGCAUUGUAGUAUUUAAGGGAUCUCCAUGACUUGACCGUGAUUCUAAACUUCACUAUGCCUUUUAUCCACAUCACUUUUAUUCACUCCAGAUCUAAAGGACAUAAUGAGGGACAACCGAGAGGGAAAAACGAAUCUAAACAGUGUACACUGGAGUUUCAUGCAACAGUAUUUUAGCGUACUGUUUUGCGACCAUGAUUGAAAUUCACUGUGGACCAGUCUAAUAAACUCAGCACAUUUGUAUUCUUAAAUUUAGCAGCUGAUUUUUUUUUUUUUUUUUUUUUUUUUGCUAUGUUGUACUAUUGUUUGGGAUCAUACUUCUGUGGUAUUACGUCGUCAUAUUUAUUCCUACUGAAUCUAAAGCGAUCAUACUCUUCAAUGUAAGCUUAAUGCAGAGUGCAUUUUUUUUGCCUUGUGGAAUUGAGGCUGUGAUGGAGCAAAAUGUUUAUACAAGCAUGAUGGUAUAACAGGAAGCCUGUUUGAGAUGUUACUCAGGUAUGUUAGAACCAAUGAUUUAUUUUAUUACAUUGAGAACUAGAGAGCAGGAGGAGAACACUAGCAGACUUUUCCGUCUGUCAUUCGGUGUCAUUUUAGGACUGUUAGUUGUCGUGUAGGCCACGUUAGCGGGAGGUGCCUUAACUGAACUCAGCUCGAACCCUGGGUAGCGUGUAGUAUGAAUAUGGAUUAGAUUUAAGGGAACUGACGGGGGAAAUGAAAAACUAAUUGAGGGUUUACUCUGCCUUGUAUAUUACUGCUAUUUCAUAUCGCAUCAUUUUUGUUUUGUUUUUGUAAGAAUAUGUACAGUUUUGCAUGUCAGGUGUAUUCACUUUAAAAAUUUAAGGCUGGAUUUUCCAACUGUUUUUACCAUGUUUUAUUGAUCUGUGUAGUGUGGAAGCUUGGGAUGUGAACAAGAAUAAUACCACACUUUUUUUUUUGGCACAUGCUUAUUUAAGGUGGAUCGUCAUUGAGUUUAUAUUUAAUUAGCCACCACUCUUUUCACAUCGAGAACUCAUAUCUUGACUGAUUUAUUUCAAUAAAAUGGGGAACUGUUACAAAACCUAA